AACGAGUGAUCGAUCGACCGGGGAGGAACGAUAUCCAUCGAUUCCGCGAAUCAUUGUGCAGGCACCCUUAUCCCCGAACGUAUCGGGACCCCUUAAAAGAUAGAGAUCUUGCUCGCGGUCCCACGGCAAGAAGACGACGGGCUGCUGUGGGGCCUUUUCUCAUUGAGUCAGUCAGUCAGUCAGUCAGUUUGCCGCAGAGACGCGGCCCGUACGCACGUGUGUAUGCGCGUCUCGUUGACUCGAAUCGUGGUGCAACCGUGCCGGCUGCAUUAUCGACCGAGCGAACUUGCGAGGCAAAGAGCAUCGGCAAUUGGUCGUCGGUCAACCGGUCAGCCGCUUGCUUCUUCGUUCGAUCUCAAAGUUGAUCCUUGUCUCGAAUACCGCACCGGGUCUCCUUCGAGCCUGUGUGUCAGCCUCUCGUUAGGUUCCGUGCGUGAGAACGUGCCCGUUCGAGACUCGUCUCGAGUACCCCUCGUGAAAUCCGAAAUUUCACGGGUCGAAUUGCGGCGUGUUCCCUCUAGCCGAUACAUCUCUUACGCAUAUCGAAACGAGAGGACACGCGCAGAAACGAAACGCAGCAGGACCGCGGAGAGAGAUAGAUUUACGUACCGCCGCGAAAGGGGGGCUAGUCGUAAACCGUGCAACACCUGGCGGCACGUCGUUAAUUAUGCAGUGGGCCGCAGCCGCCCUGGCCCUGGCCUCGGCGGCGAUCGUUCUGCUCCUGGAAACGGCGGCCGCGAGACAUCACCAUCGUUCCGGCAAUGGGCACAAACCGUCCGGUGACAUCUCCCUUUGGAUCGACCAGCAACAGAUCAAAAUGUUCAGCGGAGUUGAGAUGGAAAUAUUCGCGAUCACCGAAGGUAGAGUCUUGUCUUAUCUCCUGGAUCCUGAUUUCGAAAGUAAACUUCCGAUUAUUCCGAGCGAAGUAACUUACGUGAAUUUCACAUGGAAAUCUGGUGUUAAAAAGUACUAUUAUAAUUUUUAUCGGCUUAAAUCGUUCGACGAGUCGAUCCUUAAGACGCCGUCUAUCACGAUCAAAACUCAAGGAAGAGUACCGAAGAGACCUAAGGAAUUCAGCGUCCUGAUGCCCUGUUCCGGUAACAGUUCUGGCAUUGCACAAUUGGCUAUCGGACUGAUGAUCGAAACACGCAAGGGGAAACCUUUAAACGGAACACCCCUUCGUCUUAACCUGAGAAAAGAAUGCACCGUGCGCGAACCUAAUCCUGGACCUUGUCCUGAUGGAUACCUGGGCCCUCCACACUGCAAAAAGGCAUUGUGUUAUCCAAAUUGUAUGAAUGGUGGUAAUUGUACAGCCCCUGGUAUUUGUUCAUGCCCACCAGGAUUUCAAGGCCCGUAUUGCGAAGGAGGUAUAUGCGCAGAGAAAUGUUUAAACGGUGGGAAAUGUGUACAGAAAGAUACUUGCGAAUGUCCAAAAGGUUACUUUGGAUUACGGUGUGAAUUCUCAAAGUGUGUAAUACCCUGUUUGAAUGGAGGAAAGUGUAAAGGGAAUAAUGUAUGCAGAUGUCCUGCUGGUUUCAAAGGUGAUCAUUGCGAGAUUGGUAGACGAUCUCCACAACGUUCUGCGUGUACAAGAGCAUGCAGAAAUGGGACUUGUCAACCUGAUAACACGUGUCUUUGUGAACCUGGUUGGUUUGGAAAGUUAUGCAACAAAAAUAAGCCAUGGGCUUGAAACUAGAAACAUGUUUCAUUGGUGGUAUUACGUCUGUUAUCAAUUGGAUUAAUAAGAAAAGGUUUCUUAUUUAAUUUGAAAUUACAGGUCAUAAAAUAUUGAAUUUUAUUUCAAUUCGGUUUGAUUUCUAAAGAUAUAUCUUUGUGUUAAAAGUUAUUUAAAAAUCCAAUUGGUUAGUACCACUCAAAUUAAUAUGUAUAGUAAUUUACCCCACCCCAAAUGUGAUAUGUAAAGCUGCUUUACAACAUUUUAUACUAUUAAAUAUUAUUUUUAAUAAUUUACUUUUAUAUUGUUAGAUUUAUUGUAAUAAUUGUAAAGAAAAUAAAAUGUAUUUUCUCCCUUAUGAUUAAUCCCUUUUCAUAUUGAUUUCAUUCGAUCGCGCAAAAUAGGAUUCAUGUUUGAAACGCAAAGUUUUAGAUUUUUAUUAAUAUUUAUAUGAAUUGCUCUUUGCAUAAUCAAGAUAACAGAAAAAAAUCAGAUCACGGAAAAGAAAAGUGAUUG